AUGUCUGACGUCGCGGAGACCAAGCCCGACCCCACCACCGCUGCUCCUGAGGCGGCCCAGAAGCCCGAGGAGACCACCGCCGCCACGGGUGAGGGUGAGAAGUCUGCGACUGAGGCUGCUGUCGACACUGCCAAGCAGGCUGCUGAUACUGCCAAGGACGCUGCUGCGAAGACCUCUGACAGCGUCUUCUCCAUGUUCGGCGGUGGCCCGAAGAAGGAGAAGAAGGAGGAGUCUGAGGAGGGUGCUGAUGAGCCCUCUGGCUCUUCCAAGGCCCAGAAGGCCACUGAGGAGGACGAUGCUCCCGAAUCCCCUGAAGUCCACUUCGAGCCCGUCAUCCGCCUGACCGAGACUGUGGAGACCAAGACCAACGAGGAGCUCGAGGAGCAGGCCUUCAAGAUGCGCGCGAAGCUGUUCAAGUUCGACCGUGAGAGCAAGGAGUGGAAGGAGCGCGGCACCGGUGACGUCCGGUUGCUCAAGCACAAGGAGAACCACAAGACCCGCCUGGUGAUGCGCCGGGACAAGACCCUCAAGGUCUGCGCCAACCACUACAUCGUCCCCGACAUGAAGUUGAGCCCCAACGUCGGCAGUGACCGCAGCUGGGUCUGGAACGCGACCGCCGAUGUCAGCGAGGGCGAGCCCGAGGCGCAGACUCUGGCCAUCCGCUUUGCCAACAGCGAGAACGCCAACCUUUUCAAGGACGCCUUCGAGAAGGCCCAGCAGGAAAACGAGAAGCUCUUCAACGCCGAGGAGUAA